AAAAUUUGCAGAUUCAUCUGACCAAAGUUAUCGAUUCGAGACGCGUGUGGGCCAAUAAAUGUGUCGUACUAUAAAUAUACAUUCACAAAGUCCCUCUCCACUUUUAAUGAGAUCUAUUUUACGUCUCGACGUCCAAACUAGAGAAUGCUGAAAGUCUGGCACCUUGUCACCUGCUUGGCAGUAUCCCUGACCCCAACUGUGUAUUCCUAUUUCGUGGGGUAUAAUGCUAAUCCCGUUAACCCUAAUUAUUCCCUCCUUCAGACCUUGUUUGGCACAUACCUUCAGUACUAUCCUUCCAUUCUUUCCCAGCCCUUAGUCGCCCCCACCACGACUCCCCCGCCACCACCACCUCCUCCGCGGCCAGUCAUCCAACCCACCGUAUUUUUCAGCCAGGCCAGCGCCAUUCCCAUCAACAUCUACAGCUCCUACCUUUGCGGAAUUCUCAGCCAACCUUUGAAGAUCCCUGCACCAACUUACCCGCAGAUAAGUUACGAUCCUUUCGGUUCGAGCCAACGGCUAGUUCCAGUCUCUCAAUGGUUAAACUCUCAGACUUAUCAGCCAUUGCUUCCUGCUCCUCCAGCACCUAAUCGAUUCCAAUUUUACGAUUCAUCCGAUGAGUCUAGGGAUUGGAGUAGCGAAGAGUUCAGAUUCGGAAAGCGCCUCGUUCCCAUUAUGGCUCCCAAAGUGACAACAACGACUAAAAAGGUGACAACCACUCAAAAGUUAACAACCACUAAACCAACCACCACUACAUCUAAGUAUCAAGCUGCAACUAAAAACAUGACAGACGUUUUGAAAACGCUACGGAGCAAAUUGGUAGUUGGAUUCACUAAACAGCAAAUCAAUCAGCUUCGUACAUUGCUCAACGAGAAUCUUAAGUCAACUGACCUUGAACUUGCUUCGGGGGUAAUAUACGACGCUAAAAGCAGCCUGGCGCUGAGCGCCGCCAACAUCGCCCAGACAUUCUUUGUCAAAGAUCCAGCAUCCAGCUCCAAGUCUUUGGCAGAAAGUGACAGGAGAAGGUUGUACACGGAAAUAAUCCUGGCGGCCAACGGUCGAGGAAACUGUGCCGAUUGCCAGUUAAGCUUCCAGACACCAGAAGAGAUCGUGCGGGUUGUGUACAGGAACAUCCUUCCAUCGAAGUUGUCUCGGCAGGAAAUCAAAGACGCAGAGAACGGUAUGGUGUUCCUGAGCAAGGCAAACCUCAGCAGACAGGACACUACCAACAUCUUUGACAACUUAGUACACGAUAUGAUGCUGUCCGAUCCAACUCAAGAUCUGGCUACCUACCAAGGGGCUUCAGUAGCAAUAGCCGGUAAAAGAAAGAGACAUUACUACUAUCAGCCAAAGUUUGACCAGGAUGCAGCUUGCUUUGUCUUACAUAACUAUGUUGUGAGCUCCCGAUAUUGUGGUGUCCGAGAAUCGGCCAAUCUGGUGUAUAAACGGCUGAGAUGUGAAUCUACAAGUUUACUAGUAGCUGCCACUACAGCUAAACCAACAACCACAACAACAACACCAACAACCACAACAACGUCAAUAAAGCCAACAACUACGACACCAACAACAACCACUACAAGGCCUACAACUACGACACCAACAACAUCAACCACUGCAAGGCCUACAACAACAACAACACCAACAACAACCACUACAAGGCCUACAACAACAACACCAACAACAACCACUACAACAACACCAACGACAACCCCAACGACUACAAAGCCGACAACUACUACAACACCGACAACUACUACAAAAACAACAACCACUACAACAACACCGACAACAACAAUAACCACAACAAAGCCUACAACAACAACACCAACAACAACCACUACAACAACACCAACAACAACCACUACAACAACACCAACAACAACUACAAAGCCGACAACAACAACAUCAACAACUACUACAACAACACCGACAACCACAACAACACCAACAACUACAACAACCACCACGACAACUACCACCACGUCAACUACAACGACAUCAACAACCACCUUGGCUACAGCCCAGUGUGGUGUCAGCGAUCUGGCCAAUAGGGCAGCUUCGAUCAGUUCCUCAGGUUUGCUGGUCACUGCGAGAAUCGUGGGUGGCGUUGCUGCUGGCUCCUGCACUGUGUAUCCAUGGAUGGUCCGUCUAAACAUUAACAGUUAUCAGUUGUGUGGCGGCACUAUUUUGGAUGCCACCCAUAUACUGACUGCUGCUCACUGUACUGCAGACGCUCUAAGUAUCACAGCCACAGUUGGUGAAUACGAUUCCACUGUAGAGGAAGGAACAGAGCAAGUCUUUGAUGUCAGUGUUCCAGACGGUGUCUCUCAACAUCCAGGUUUUAGCUUUCAAAACCAAACCAACGAUAUUGCCAUUUUAACACUAAGUACACCUAUCGACCUGUCCAGGAUCUGUGCUAAGCCAGUCUGUCUGAAUCCAAAUUUUCAGGUGACCUCUGGUCAACAAUGUCAAAUAGCUGGAUGGGGUUUGCUCUUUGAAAACGACAUCGUCCCAUCUGAUACAUUACAGACUACCACAAUCACUACAUACCCAGGCGGUGACUGCGCUGCCGCGUUCCCCGAUGCCCCAGCUAGUUACAUUAAAGACCCUACAACACAACUUUGUGCUGGGCAGCCUGCAGGGGGAGUCGAUACCUGCUCAGGAGAUUCUGGUGGACCUAUCUUCUGCUUGGAUAGUGUUACGAACACAUGGAACGUGGUCGGCGUGACGUCAUACGGAGAGGGCUGUGCCAGGGCUGGUAUACCUGGGGUCUACACCAACACAGCCGCCUACUACAGCUGGAUACAGCAACAACUGCAGAUAAAGUUGUAAUGUUAAAAGAAAUGACAAACAGAAAAGGCUCUUGGUGUUUUUCUGAAUUGGUUUUAUGUGUCAGAAAGAAAAGAAAGCCUCUGUUUGCUAACUUUAACCAUUGCAAAAUGUCAAGGCCUACAGGAUGAACUGCAGUUAAUAUACAAAUUACGAUAAUUCAAUAAACUAAAGAAACAAAAACACAUAUAAA